UUGAUAAUCUUUGCUUUUUUGAUGGAUAAGAUUUUUGAUCUGUGUAUGGAAAAUAAACAUACUAUAUAACAAGAUCAUUUUUCUUUUAAUUCCUUUUUCUUCUUUCUUUCAUCAUUACUUUACAUUAAUAGUUGUGCAAUAUGUAUCAAAACGGCUUACAAACCAACAGCAAUCGACUACCCAAGGAAGCUGUUACUUCUCCAUACAUGUCAAAUGAUCCUAACUCUAAUGUUGCUAACUUUAAGAUUAUUGAAUCAACCCUCAGAGAGGGAGAACAGUUUGCUAAUGCAUUCUUCACAACGGAAAAGAAAGUUGAAAUUGCUAAAGCACUCGAUGCUAUUGGUGUGGAUUAUCUUGAACUCACAUCGCCUGCUGCAUCCGAGCAAUCUCGCAAUGACUGUAGAGUUAUUUCUAGUCUUGGUCUCAAAGCCAAGAUCUUGACCCACGUUCGUUGCCAUAUGGAUGAUGCCAAACUAGCGAUUGAUACAGGUGUCGACGGCUUAGAUGUCGUCAUCGGUACUUCGAGUUUCCUGCGCGAAUUUUCUCAUGGUAAAGAUAUGGACUAUAUUACCAAGCAAGCCAUUGAAGUGAUCACCUACAUUAAGAACCAAGGUUUAGAAGUGCGUUUCUCCACGGAAGAUUCUUUCCGCUCCGACCUCGUCGAUUUAUUGAGUAUCUACAAAGCUGUUGACAAGAUUGGUGUUAACCGUGUAGGUAUCGCUGAUACAGUCGGUUGUGCUAACCCUCGUCAAGUCUAUGAGCUCGUCAAGACAUUACGUAGUGUUGUUAGUUGUGAUAUUGAGUGCCAUUUUCACAAUGAUACUGGUUGUGCAAUCGCAAAUGCUUAUGCAGCUUUGGAAGCUGGUGCGACACACAUCGAUACAUCCGUUCUCGGUAUUGGUGAACGUAAUGGUAUCACACCCCUCGGUGGUCUUUUAGCUAGAAUGUACACUGGUGAUAAGGAAUAUGUCAAGAACAAGUAUGAUUUGACCAAGAUCCGUGAAGUUGAAAAUAUAGUGGCCGAAGCUGUCGAGGUCACAGUUCCAUUCAAUAACUACAUCACAGGUUAUUGCGCUUUUACUCACAAGGCCGGUAUUCACGCUAAAGCUAUUUUGAAUAAUCCUUCUACCUACGAAAUCUUGAAUCCUACUGAUUUUGGUAUGACACGUUAUGUCAGCAUCGGUCAUCGUUUAACAGGAUGGAACGCUGUCAAGAACAGAGUAGAGCAACUCGAUCUGAAUUUGACAGACGACGAUGCUAAGGCAGUAACAGCGAAGAUUAAAGAGUUAGCUGACGUGAGACCUCUUUCAUUGGAUGAUGUUGAUGUAUUACUUCGAUCAUAUCAUCAAGCCAAGGCCGUUGGUGUUCACACUGACUUCUUGGAUAAGCUUGAGAAACCUGAACAGAUCGCUACCAUCAGUGCUGAAGCAGCAGCCUAAGUUAAACAAAGAUACAUUAGUGUAUAUAACAUUUUCGUCUGAACCACUCAUUACAUCUACCAUUUUCAAAGCUAGAAUUUAAUCAAUCAAAACAUAUUUAUUCAUUUAUUGCGUAAACGCAACUACUCCCUUAUAAAAGCUCUCGAAAGAGUGCUUCCGCUUCUCAUGUACAGAUUUUCAGAAAUAAACAAUAUUAACGGUUUUAAACUGCACAAUAGCUGAUAAAUCUUGCAAUAUGCGAGGCAAUACUUUUUUUAAUUUUUCUAUUAAGAAAUCAUUCACUAUAAGAAGCUUAAAAUCUAAGGAUAGCAAUUGAAUUGUAUCUGUUCCCAUC